AUGGUAGCUGCCGACAAACAAAAUUCAGUUUUCAUCGAUGCGUACGAUCAAAUGUUUGAGGUACUAUAUCCAAGCUAUGAGUACCUACCUCAACAUUUAAAACCGUGCUUUCUCUACAUGGCGGUUUUUCCUCAAAACUAUGAGAUACCAUUCUACAAGCUCGUCAGACUUUGGAAUGUUGAAGGAUUUCUUGAAAUGGGCUGUCUAGAAACACCAGAGUACGCUACAUGGUCUACUUUGGAUCAGCUUUACAUGAACAACGUUGCCACGGUCCUCAAGAAGAGCCUCAAUGACAUAACCAAAACUUGUGGCCUCCAUUCUCCCUUUUGGCACUUGUGUAAUAAAGAAGCUACCAAGAUCAAGUUUUUUCGUGGCUUAAACACUCUUGAUCAUUGUUUAGUAGAAGAAGAUCUAAAGGGCCAGCGACGAUUGUGCAUUCGCAAUAACGUCUUAUUCGGCAUCAAAGACGCGUACGAUUCAAUUGCCUCUGUUUCGACGGUACGCUCUCUCCUAUGUACCGGUCCUUAUCAUCAGUAUCCAGUACCAGUAUGUUUGGAAUAUUUGAGGUUGCUCAGGAUAUUGGAUGCUCUUACCAUCCUCUUCUACGAGUUCCCGAUGCAAGUGACGAAUCUAGUUCGUCUAAGGUACCUUUCUCUUACACUCAACGGAGACAUCCCUGAUUUCAUAUCGAAACUCUGGAACCUUCAGUACUUGAUUGUUCAUCGAUGUCUGAGCAUCGUAGAAUCAGAUGGGAAAUCUCCGUACCUUCCGAUGGAGAUAUGGGAUAUGAAAUAA